UGGCGACGGUAUAGCACUCAAGCUGGGGCCACGGUGACAAAAUUCUUAAAUUAUAUAUGAUCGGUUGUAGUUGGACUGUGGCUGACUGUGUGAGGAUGAAUAUAAAGUGAAAUGACAGCGGAAAAGGGCAGGAUUCCCGGUACUGUGACGAUAAAAGUGAUUUUUUCGUGCGUUUAAAAAUCGCGCCAAUGAAACAAUGAAAAGGGGAAGACAAAGGACUUCCCAUAGUUCAUCAUCCAGUACAGAAAACACACCGUUGGCCAAACUCCACAUCAAAGAGAGCAAUAUGGAUAAAAGCUCAAGGAAAAAAGAGGGUGACAAAUAUCUCAUUACAGACAAUACCGAAAUCAGGGACAUUAUCAGUGAUUGUUUGGCAAAGUUCGAAGAUAAACUGGACGCCAUUACAAAAACCUUCAAAGAUUCUCUCAAACAAGUUGAGAUUUCGGUUAAAAGUCUCGAUGAAAAUAUGACCCAACUGGACGAGAAAGUAAGUGCUCUUGAAACUGAGAACAAUGUGCUAAGAGAACAACUCAAUAUUAGCGAGCAGAGAGUACAAAGCCUACAAAGACAAGUCGACACGGAUCACCAGAUAAUGAUAAAUCUACAAACGAGAUCCAUGAGAGAUAACCUACUAUUUCAUAACAUUCCCGAGACUGGACCGCAGGAAAACGUGGAGAAUACACUGAGGCAGGUGCUGAUUCAACAGAUGAAGAUCCCCGCGGAAGAAACCGUGUCUUUUGAUAGGGUUCAUCGCAUUGGAUCGGUAACUAACAGACCCAAACCGCGGGCAAUAAUAGCAAAAUGUACGACAUUCCAUGACAAAAGAACUGUUAUGAAAUAUACCAAAAAUCUGAAGGGCACCUACAUAAGGAUAACUGACCAGUAUCCCAAGGAGGUGGAAGAAAGAAGAAGAACGCUCUAUCCCGUCAUGAAAGAAUUAAGGGCAAAAAAUAUCAAACACAGGUUAGUGGGCGAAAAACUCUAUAUAAAUAACUCCUUAUAUACCCCAGAUGAUCGCAAGCCCGAUAACUGUCUAAAAAACCUACCAACACAUAGGAAAAACCAUCGACAUGAAAUAAAGUUCUCUGAAAAGAAAACUAAAGCAAAGGGUAACUCCUUUAUGGGAAUCUCUACAAGAGUGAAUUCAGUCGAAGACGCACAAUCUGCGCUUGCCUCCAUAAUAGCAGGCGGUCAAGUAAGCGGAGCCUCGCUUGUUUACGCCUACAGAAUAAAAAGUGGCGGUACCUGGACAGUAUAUUACAAUGACAAUAACGAUGUAUUCACGAGGCGUCUUGCUGAUGUGGGCACCGGAUGACCACACACUCUCGUUUCUCGAGAUACGGUAUGCUGUUAUACAUGUGGUACUACUAGCUAAGCUAUUGACAAUACAUGCAAAUAUAAGAUGUAUUCAACAAUGCUCAAUUUUCAUUGUCGGUUGGUAUACGUACGCUCCGAAUAGAAAGGGACAUCGUACCUAUUGGGAGUAUU